AUGUCACCUACUAAUGCUACUCCUCUGCUACAACAUACGUGCCCGCAGUUUUCGGCGGGCGAGACAGCCUUCGAGCCAUCACUCCUCAGUAGUGAUGGAGUUUUCCUGUUUGGGAGCCACUCUGCAUCUUGCGGGUCAAGGUCUUCAAAGUUACCGGUGAUGAUGUCGCCAACUUGGCUUCUGCCAAAUAGGGCUGUGACCUUGACCAGUUUGAUAGGCGGCAAAAAGAGUUUUUUCAACCUAUUAAACCAGAAAGAUCCGCAGAGAGUCUCCGAAUAUGUUGCGGACUACAUCAUCAGCCGUAUCAAACAAUUUGCUCCGUCAGAAGAUAGGCCCUUUGUCCUUGGUUUACCCACUGGAAGCAGUCCACAGACCGUCUACCGCAUCCUCGUCCAGCGGUAUAAAGCUGGCGAGAUUUCCUUCAAACAUGUCAUCACUUUCAACAUGGACGAGUAUGUGGGGCUUCCCCGCGAUCACCCAGAAAGCUACCACAGCUUCAUGUACAAACACCUCUUCUCGCAUGUCGAUAUCCCCCCCAAAAACAUAAAUAUCCUAAACGGCAACGCUCCCGACCCGGUCAAAGAAUGUGCCGACUACGAGGCCAAAAUCCUGCAAGUGGGUGGCAUAGAUCUAUUCCUCGGCGGCGUCGGCGCAGACGGGCACAUCGCCUUCAACGAGCCAGGUAGCAGCCUCCGCUCGCGCACGCGUGUCAAGACACUCGCCUACGACACCCUCUUAGCCAACUCGCGCUUUUUCAAUAAUGACAUCUCGCAAGUACCCCGCCAGGCGAUGACGGUGGGGAUCCAAACGAUCUUGGACUCACGCGAGGUGGUGAUUGUCGUGACGGGCGCGCAUAAGGCUACAGCGCUGCAGAAGGGUAUAGAGAGCGGCGUCAAUCACAUGUGGACGCUUUCAGCGCUCCAACUACAUCCCCAUCCGCUGAUUGUUGUGGAUGAGGACGCGACGUUGGAGUUGAAGGUGAAGACUGUCAAGUACUUCGUCAGCAUUGAGCAAGCCGGCACCGAUGCGCGGACCCAGGGACCGCCCUUGGUCCAUCGCACAAAGCAAUAUAGACCUCCAGUUAUGACUCCACCUCACUCCCCGGGCGCGAACGAUGCCUCAACCCCCGUCAAGGAUAGCAAGCUCACGAUCGAUACAUCCGGUUUCCACCCACGAACUGCAAAUGGUGGCGGGGAAGAAGAGCUGGACGAGUUGACCCCAGAUAGCAUGUCAUCACGCCUUAAAGAUUCUUCAAUUGCGGGACUAGAUGCGACGAUCGCGGGCGAUUUGGUUUUUGAUAGGAUGGGGUCAAGGAUUGAUGAAGUAUGA